AUGCUGUCCUUGACCAGAGAAUUCCAGAACAAGGAUGACGCCUACUGCUUUUCCUUAGCGAAGGCCCUUUACUGUGUCUCCACUCCCGUGACGGUUGGGUUUUACGCACCGUGGGGACACUGCAAAAACUUCCUCUUGCGCCGGAUCCAAGACUACAUGCGUCUCCAGUCGUGGAAAAAAGACCAACAGGAAUUCCAGCAGACCGGCUUGAAACAGCGAGGGGCUUCCGGUUGGGACCUGGUUUCUGUCGUCCUCCUCAUGAUCUUCUACCGGCCUGUCCUGACGCCCCAACACAGGCAGAGAAAGAACGUGCAGCACAUCUUCAUCCAUUUCAGCGCCUGGGAAUAUGCUGGAAGCGACCAGCUCUGGGCAGGCCUCAUCACUGCCCUGUGCGAAGGCAUUGAGAGCCACUUCGGCCUUGUCCCAAUGAGCGUCUACCGAGCCGUGGGCAGGAAAUGUGGCAUUGUUGAAGCCCCUCUCCGUAAGGAAUGGAUCAGCAAGAAAUACCUCUGCCUGCCCUUGUGGGCCGCUGCCCUUCUGGUGACUGUGGCGGCCAUUGGGGUUGCUGUCCUCAUCUUUCUUUUCGGCAUCCCCAUCGGCAACGCUUCUGGGGAUGCCAUUGCAAUUGUCGAGGGCCUCGGGGCGACGGCCGUCGGAAUCACUGCAGCAGCGGCCAUCAGGAUGGGCAUCAUGGUGGCUCGGAACGUCGUCGUCACCCAGAAGGCCCAGCUGGAGAGGCAGAUGAACCGGACGGACCUCAGUGCCCAGCUGGGCUUCAUGAGCAACGUGAAGAGGGAGGUCAAGAUCAUCACCAAGUUUCUCCAGUUCAUGGAGAUCUUCCAACGGAGGAAACUCCGGGUGGUGUUGGAGAUCACCAGCUUGGACCACUGUAGUCCUGACAAAGUGGUGGGUGUCCUGGAUGCCAUGAACAUCCUCCUCUCAGACGAUGAGGCACCUUUCAUCUCCAUCCUCGUGGCUGACCCGAGCGUAAUCGUGGACUGCGUGGAGAGCUCCCUGUACAUGAAAGGCAUGGCCAACAACGGCUACGAAUUCUUGAACCGUAUCAUCACUCUUCCUUUUUCAGUCCCCAAGAUGGACAGUUACACCAAGCUGCAGCUGAUAAGGUGCCUCGUAGACUGCCAGGAGGAGCAGGAGAAAAGUCUCGAAGAGGAGGAGAGGGUGGGAGGGGGUGCCCAGCAGGAGAACCAGGCAAGUCGGUGCCUUUGCCCAAAUUCUGCUGAUCAGAGCACACUCGACAGAGCUGGAGAUGUUUCCCAGGUGCCGUUGGUCGUCGUAAGUCCUAGGAAGGAAGAGCCGUUGAGAAGAAGAUGCGGGAAAGGCUUCAAGGCCAAAGACCUGAUCCAGGAGGCUUUUGAAUUCCUCUUGGAUGACAGCAUGAAGGAGUACAUGACGGGCAACAUGGUGCAAAUGAAACGCGUCAUCAACACCAUCGCCGUCACCGUCAGGCUCAUGGCGACGGAGGUCCCGCGAGGCAAACUUUGCCCACGGAAGGUGACGGCCUGGGUGCUGCUGGCCAACCAGUGGCCUUGCCGGCUGAGCUGGAUCCUGCAGUGCAUCGAGGACGACGAGCAGAUGGGCCGCCUGGGCAUGUGCCGAGGGUGCCGGCUCGCUCCCGACCAGUUCCUGUGGGAGGUGUACGACAAGUACGCGGAGGAGCUCGACAUGAUCAGGCCUCAGCUGGAGAAGCUGUUGGAGCUGGACGGGGACCCCGAGCUCUUCCACAGCUUCCUUUCUCAACGGUUCCAGGUGGAGGACGCCAACUUCUUCCUGCCCUACACCGUCAACUUGGACUCCUCCUUGAAGAGGCACAUGGAGCUGCUGCGGGGCAGCCGCCGGCUGAAGCGGCCCAAGAAGGUCCACGGCCUCUCCAAGAGCCUCCUGCUGGGAAUGUCAGUGGACGAGGUCUGCAGUGAGAUGGUCAAACUCGGUUUGAAAGAGGAGAACGCCCAGCGCUACACAGAGAGGUUGCGGGAGCACAAUUUGGACGGACGGGCCCUGGUCUACAGCAACAGAAGUGAAAUCAAGGACGCCCUUGGCAUGAGCCUUGGGGAAUGGAUGAACUUCAGCACGUAUUUCCUCGGAUCUGUGCCCCCGCAGGGCUCCUUCCCCUCCACAGCAUUCCCAGCACCCAUCUUCGCUGAGAAGAAUUGGUUAGGCCUGCAGGAGAACACGCCGAGAGGAAGCAGGUUGUCAAUGAACAUUUCCAAGGAAAAUCUUCACAGAUAA